AUGGUGGAGGUUCUAAGCGCGCUCCCGGCUCGUCCGCCCACUCCACCGAGGACAUCAUCUCAUGCCUUCUGCGAUGGUGAGGUAGAUGGAGCGCAGAGCCGGCCGGGUCUCCUCGACACGCCUGGUGACUCUCCUGCCAAUAACGAAACUACCGAGUUACGUUCUAGUGGACGAUCCAAGCGAGUCAACUUCUCCCCAUGGACGAACUACAUCAAGCCUCCGACCUUUUCCAAUUCCACCACAAAAACAGGCUUGAGGUCUCUACCGCCUUCCAACGAAUGCAAGCCGGCCAAGUCGAUUCUCAAGAAUAAUACCGUGCCUCCCAGUCCGUCGAAUGAAGCCCCUCAAACCACCCAGUCCUUGGCCAUGUUGUUGGAAUCGGUCACUCAGCAGCUGGCUGGCGAAACUCUGAGCUCGAGGCUAGACGCAUAUAUGCACCUCCUGGGAGCAUUGAAGGCGUAUGAAGGGGUACCUGAGGAAGAGGCGAUGGUCGCGAAGUUGGGUUUGAUGACCCAGUUCAUUCAGCGUGAUAUUUGCAGAGAUCUUGAAAAAGGAGGACCGCUGGAGACGAACCUAGUCAUUCAUGCCUUGAAGCUCACGAUUUAUCUCAUUUGGAACAAUGCGCUAUCAGGGCAGCUCUCUGACGAUUUCCGAAAUUUCAUUGUCGACCAAUCCAUCAACUCUCUGCAAGACGCAAAAGUACCCAAGUCAGUGAUAACUCAUUACAUGCACAUUCUGUCAACUCAGAAUUUUCCGGCGAAGAUCAUGACCAACUCGAAGCUGUCGCGCAUCCUUUCUGUUUUGAGUGAUGUCACGGAUCGUGUGAAUGGGAAUGGAAUUGUUUCUCAACGACUGAGCAUCUAUCAACGCGUGCUUACUCAGUCGAAGACGACAAUGGCCUCCCAGUCAGCACUAUGGGUCGAACAUCUCAUUUCCGGCUUGCUCCAUCACCUGAAAGAUACCAGAUUGAAAGCCAUUUCUUUAGGUAUCCAAGCGUCUAUGGCGUUGGGGCCAAACAUGAUGGUGUCAAAUACUAUUCGCGAUAUUUUCGACAAACAUCUCGACCAGGGGAGGAAACUUGUCUCGGAGAUAUGCGAGCGGAUGUCACGAAUGAUGUCUUCGACCGAGACUGGGGUCCAUGUUCCGCAGAUUUGGAGCAUUAUUGUCUUGCUUCUGAGAAGCAAACGAUUCAACAUUGAUCAGUGGGAGCACUUUAAGGAAUGGGUUCUCGUCCUGCAGAAGUGCUUCAACUGCAGUGAGCCUGCAAUCAAGGCGCAGGCUAUUUUGGGAUGGAAUCGAUUUGUCUACGCUAUUAGCCCAAGUGAAUCGACUAGCCAUUCGAUGAUUAGGAUGCUUAGCAAGCCUAUACUUUCCCAAUUCGAGCGGAAAAGGUACGACAAACCAGGAGCUGCUACCAGCCAGGUGGUGCUCUCAAGCUACUACAAUCUCCUGUAUUAUGCAUUUCGUCCAUCGACAUCUCACCAACACCUCGACGUCAUUUGGGAAGAGUAUAUUACUCAGCCCUGUGCGAACAUCUUCGCACCAAAUCCAAAUCUCAAUGAACGAGCUUGCCGAGCUUUAUCAUUCUUGCUGUGGAGCCCUCAGCCCAAGCUAUGGACUGAAAACAAAAUUAACGAAGCCAGCAAAAUUGAGCCGGAAAAUCUUCCUUCUUUGGAUUGCAAAUGGGUUCGAUCACGAAUACUCUCCGUGUUGAAGGUCUUCGAAAUCCUUUUCAAGUCCUCAAUCUGGGACCGUCGUGCCAUCGAUGAGUCAGGCGUCGCUAUUGCUUGGGUCAAUCUUUCAAGGGCGCUGUCAGAUGCAUCAAACAAAGAGAUAAAGCCGUCUCCGGAGUUGAUGCAAGCUAUUGCUUGCGUACUCGGCCUCCUGCAGCGUCUUUGGAAUGGGGCUCCUUCGUCGUUGAAUGCAUCAAAUGGCGAUGAAUUUUUGGACCGUUUCCGUUUCCUUUCCACAUCAAUUAUCUCCGCUAUCGGCCCCUUACCAUUCACCGAGAAGCUUCUCUUGAAGACUGCCCAAGAGACCUUCCAGACUGCAAAUACGCCGACUCAUCGUCAUUCACUUAGCGACAUUAAUCUCGAUACUCCUUUCAUGCAUCUUCUUCGAAUGAUAAGCUCUUUUCCUGAUAUUUCGGAGCCUAGCCCGUCCUAUCUAAGUCUGAUCGACGGUCUUCUUGAAGCUGCGUCUAAAGGAAGGGUGUCCAGAGGGUCUCGCCUGGACUUCUUCGAGAAAUGUGCCGACAUCUAUUCGAAUGAGGCUGAAAUUCAAUCCUCCAGUCGUCCCAAAUCUUCUCGAUACAUUUGGGAAGCCACGGCGAAGUUCGCUGAAGACUGUCUCCGUUCCUUUCCCAUGGAGACGGUUAGGGAUCGUGAUGGUUCGGUUUCCCGCGAUUACGACAAUGUCGUCAAGAUACUUUCGCGCGGGUUGCGGUUUCCAGAUGCUCACCCGAAAUGGAAUCUGUUACUCGAUGCAUUUGUGCGAGUAGUGCGAACAGAACGCGGAGACCGCGGUAUUGCGAAAUACAUUGUCGAGCGCUUGGCAGAAGACCUCAAACAGCUGGACCUGGAACAAGUCCCCGCCCCGUUGAAGGCACUCAUCAAUCACUCAUUGUCUGUGCCCUACCACCAGCAAAAUAAACCGAAAUCACGGCCAAUAGGCUUCCAACGUGGUUCGCCUGCGCCCGAUCAAAUUCUCUUCCCGGACAAGCUCCUGGAGCUAAUUGAAAACGUGCUUUCGGAAUUCUAUCAGAAAUUCAAACAGUAUGGAAACACAUUAACCACAGAGGUCAUCGAAUCUAUGACCUCGUUGCUGGGCAGUGGCGUUUUAGCUUUCCGUGCGGCCGUAUUGGAGAGGCUUCAGGCUCCCCUCGCCUUAUGGCUGCGGGAUGAUUCUCGUCAUCUCACCACGGAGAAUGGCGCAGAUAGCAAAGUUUUGACUGCGUGCCGUACUCUUGCUUUGGCGGCUGCGAAUGUUUUACAGACCGCCGUACCCCAUGAUGAUACCAGUCUCCACAAAUUCGAGGUGAUUAUCUCCGCAGGCCUUGAAUCGGUGCAUAGAUCCACGGCGAACAGAUUCAUAGAAAUGUGGAAUACCACUUUCGGUUCGCGGGAUUCUCUCACAUAUCCUGCGGCUGUGCUUGUGGCCCUCAGGAAGCUAGAGCCAUAUGUCGAAUUGCACUUGCCCUCAUUGCCCUUACAAAGUGAUUCGCAGAUCGGUCAAACAACCCCCGAUUUUGUGGAUUCUCAAGACGGAGAUGUGAGCCAGGUCAUCCAGGAGAUGGCCGACAUAAGUCGUGGCAGAAGAGACCAACUUAAGGCCGCUCGACCGACUAGUUUUAGUUCUUCUCCGAUUGUGCAAGCACAGGAGCCAGCUAUCAAUACGUUGCCAAAGAUGGGAACUGAUCUCACUCCGAGGCGUCGUCUGCGCCAUGAUGACUCUCAGAUUCAAUUUAUUGCAGUCGAGUCGUCCCCGUCUCUCCAAUCUGGACCAGAGAGCCAAGUGCUUACUAGACGCCAACGAGAAGUUAGGGAAAGACAACGCGGUGAGACGUCAAUGUUUUUGGACGGACUGCGACCUUCCUCUCCAGCACUUCCUAGCCCAGCUAAAGAUGCGGAAGUUCGAACUCCUGUGCAAUUGUCAAGCUUGCGGAAUUCCGGUCCUACCUCCGAAAUUCCACUUACGCCCACACUUGCUGGGGCCCUGCAGGAGAAUGAUGAUGAAUUCCCUGGAUCCUCUCCGACUCCUGGAACAAAGGACAGAACCCCGCUUGACAAAUCUAAAAUUCCCUCCUCUUUGUCAAUUCACGCUCUCGAGACUUGCGAGGCAGACCCACCAUCUUCUCCGCCUGAAUUGAAACGGCACUCACACAGCCGUGGAAAGGUCUCUCGACAGGUCUCUCCAUCACUUCCAGAGGGUGAAUCCGUGGCACCGUUGAACAAUGGUUCAAAUGCGGGAAAGGAUGAUUGUGCGGGCCAACCUGACGAUUCUUCUGUUGUUCCUGCUAUGUUGGAAGGGAAUGGGCCAGACCGGUCUCCUGCGGAUGAUCCUGUAACGGAUCAGUCUUCCAAUCAAGCUCCUCCAAUGUCUGACGGACUCAAAGAAGCCCCUGCUACGGCAGCAGAAGAGCCGCAAAGCACCAACAGCGCACCGGCAGAUAUAGUUCCUGACUCAUUUAGUGAUGACCUGGAACAGCAGGUUGCUUCUCAAAUAGAGCAAGAUCUAGAAUUGGCCGCAGAUUUGGACGAGGUCCGGGAGACACGGUCACAACCCGAACCUCCAUAUAGCUUUCCAAUGACAAGGAAGAGGAAGAGAGAAGCAGAAGCAGCAGAGUUGUCUUCUACGCCGGACCGGGGUAAGCGUCGAUCUCUCAGGAGCUCUUCGGCAGUCGCAAAAGAAGUCGCAAAAGAAGUCGUCAAAGAGACACCUAAAAAUUCGAAAAAGGCCGGAACAGCAUCCGAACGUCGUCAGCCUGCGUCCCCAGCAGACAAAGUCUCGACACCAUCGUCCUCAAAAAGCAAACAAAAGGAAAAGCCAAAUCUCGAAACCAGUCAUGCGUUGCGAUCAGGGUCCAAGAGGAAGAGUAGUCGUAUCAAUGAGGGCACCAAUGAUACUGAUGCCGUCCGCUCUCCCGCGAACUUGGAGAACCCGCCCCAGAAAAAGAGGAGAUCGUUACGUCUUAGUGGUGUCCCAGCUUCGCCUGUUCUCGAACCGGAGCCAGUUUCGAGACCGUCUAGAGUUCUGCGCAGUCGUACAAAAGCCACUGAUGCUGCUCAAAAUGCUGCAGAGUCAUCUGAAGAACCGCCUCUGAGCAAGACUCCAGAUGGGCCACCAUCAGAGAAGGCAUUGCAAGAUAGUAGUCCCGGACCUGACGUUCAAGCUCCGGAAGAGACAGAGACAGGGAAGCCUGUGGCUGGUAGUGAACCAGCUACGGUUACUGAAGCCCCUGCUGAUGAUAAUAUGAGAACUGAACUGGAAGAGCCUGGUGAGAAUGGCGUGGGCACCGAUGUGAUGAGGAAUGAUACGGAUAUCCGUGCUCCACAGGAGGCCUCGGAUGAUACAGUGAUGAAGACUUACGUAUCUGAGGCGGUACAGACGAACGAAACUGAGGACAAACAUGAGAUCACAGGAGAAGCGAUCAUCAACUCCCUCCGCCAAGUCCUCAGCAAUAUCAAGAAGGCGUGCAUAGCGAAGGCGCACCGGAUGUGCAGGGUGUUCCACUGGGAUGCAGAUUGGGUGGUAUUGAAUUAUGUCUUUUUUUUUGGUCUAUGUCCUAUUGUGUUGAUGCGUUCUGAAAAGCCAUGGCAGAAAAGGAAGAAAGCUAUUUCGGGUGGUAUACAUAAAUACCAAGAUCAUACAUUACAUUUGAUUCGAGAGGUUCGUUUCCCUGGCCUCAAUUCUCCGUCUCUUGCUGAUAAUGACCAUGGACUGGAGGAGGUUCUCGGACUACGAUCUUUACCUGAAGAAAAGUCGCUUUCCACCAACACGCUUCAUGGAUUGAAAGAUCUACAUUUCCCGAUGGACCAGGAGAUCUUGCAACGGGUCCAUCGACGCAAUUACCCCUCGAAAGCCCACACGGUGGAUCCAGCCAAGAGCGACGCAGCCCAUGUGCUGCCGGAGCAUGAGGUCCCGGACCUUCAAAGCCGACUGCUCCUGCGCGGCGCAAAGCGCGACGUCCUCGUCCCGUAUCUCUGCAUCGGUGCCUGGGCAUGGGGGGACACGGCCACCUGGAAGUACUCUCCCAAGGAGCUGCCUCGGAUCAAGGAGGCCUGGGAGAUAUUGCGGUUGGCGGGUCUGAACUGGGUGGACACGGCACAGGCGUUUGGCAGCGGCGAGAGCGAGCGCAUCUGCGGGGAUCUUUUCAAUGGGCUAUCUCGCGACGAGUUCGUGGUCCAGACCAAGUGGUUCUCGAUCCCGGACCGGGUGAAUCUGAUGGGGCAGUCUCAGGCGCCCAAGAAGAAGCUCCAGGAGUCGCUGCAGCGGCUGCGACUCGACUACGUCGACGUCUACCUGGUCCACGGGCAUGUUCACCCGAGCACGAUCGCGACAGUGGCCAAGGGGCUGGCCGAGUGUGUCGAGGAAGGGCUGACGCGGGCCGUGGGCGUGGCCAACUACGACAAGGACGACAUGCUGCGGAUGGCAGACGCGUUGGGUCGACACGGCAUCCCUCUGACGAUCAAUCAAUGCGAGUACUCGGUGCUGCGACGGCAUCCUGAGACGCACGGCCUGAUCCGGGCCUGCCGGGACCAUGGCAUCGUCUUCCAGAGCUAUGCGUCUCUGGCGCAGGGGCGACUGACGGGCAAAUACUCGCAGGGGAAUCCGCCGUCGCCGUCGUACCGGUUUAGCAGCUAUCCCAUCAGCGAGAUCGAGCCGGCCAUUGAGGUCCUGCGGCAGAUCGCAGAGGACAAACGGGUAUCGAUCGGAGCAGUGGCGCUGAAUUACAAUCUCAGCAAGGGCGCGGUGCCUAUCGUGGGGAUCCGCAACGCAGACCAGGCGAGACAGAACAUGCAGGCGUUGGGGUGGCGGCUGUCGCAGGACGAGAUCCGACGCAUCGAGAGAGUCAGCCUGGAGGGGAAGACCAGCAUGAUCUGGCAGCAGGGGUGA